CACCUCUCUUUAAAUAUCCCCCACCAACUAUAAUUAUGCCCAUACUAAUCAAAUAAACAAACAAAAGAGGAUAUAUAGAUUUGGUUUUAGUUUCCCAGCUUGGAACAAAGGACUUUGAUGGGUGAGUGCAUAGUGGAUUUUGAAGACAACUGUGGCCUCCAAGCAGUAGUUCAUCAUCAGCCAUCAAUGGAUAUGAAUCCAGCACCAGAUCAUUUCUUCUUCACUCCCCAAUCUUACAACUUGUUUGGUGAUUCCUUUGUGGAAUCCAGAAAUGAUGCAUUAUUAGAGGAGCUUUACAAGCCCUUUUACCAGCUGCCUGGUCCAUCAUCAUCAUCAUCCCCUCCUUUCUCCAAUAAAGUCAUGCAACAACAAGAUGUAGCAGUUGUUGAUCUUGAGAUGAAGGGGUUUUCGGGUGAAGCUUCGCCGCCAUCGUCUGUCUUGGAGAGUACUUCAAAACUUGCACUCAAGCACAAAACAAGGAAGAAUGGGCAUAAAAGAGUGGUGAUUCAAGUAGGAGCUGAGGAGCUUUCUAAAGAUGAUAAGUGGGCUUGGCGAAAAUACGGGCAGAAACCGAUUAAAGGCUCACCCUAUCCUAGGAGCUAUUAUAGGUGCAGUAGCGCGAAAGGGUGUUUAGCGAGGAAGCAAGUGGAGAAAAGCAAUAGUGAGCCGGGGAUGUUCAUAGUCACCUACACGGCGGAGCACAGCCACAGCCACCCCACGCGGCGCAACUCCCUCGCCGGAACUAUGAGAAACAACAAGUUCAAUCCACCUGCCAGUGCUGCUGCUCCUACCUCCACUUCAAAACCGACUCCACAGCUUCUUCUUGCACAAAUAAUAUCGCAUCAUCAUCAGGGUAAAGAGCCAUCUUCUUCUUCUUCUUCAUCGGAUCUAUCCCCGGCGUCCAGCAAGGAGGAAGCAACAGUAACGUCGAUAAAAGAUGAGGAGAGAUUGGUAGAAAUAAGUGGUGAUAUGGCGCCGGAGAAGCAACCGGUGAUAAUGGAUGAUGGUGAAGAUUUCUUUGCAGGUUUAGAGGAUCUGGAAGGGCUAAUGUCACAGUUUUGUUAUUCUUCUUUGCCAAACUAUCCCUCCCGCAAUAAUCUCUAGUUAGUUACAUAUUAGCAUCUAUCAAUCUGUUACUUGGACAGUUAGCAUCACUAUAAGUAUGGUCAAUUAUAUCUUGAUCAUUCAGUUAUGUAAAUAUAUUGUUUCAGCUGAAUUCAGUAUAGAUAAUCCACGAAAUAGAAGUAAAGAAUAGCACGUACAUUUUACAAAAA